UUCUCUGCGCUUGGUUGCUGCCUGAGGGUUCAGUGUGGAACCACCGCAGUAACAACCUCCAAACCGCUGCCGCGCUCCAACGGAGACACUGUCCGUCAACUAAGUGCAGCUAAAACUCGGACAGACAGCAGAAAUGGAGGAAAAGGCGCGUGUCCUAGUCCUGCUACAACUUUUCGCAGUUUGUCUGCUUUUCGGGGUGAACGGGGAUCCGUGUGAGGUGAAUAUGUGCAGCAACGGCGGAACCUGUGUGCCUGGGACGGGGACGCCAUUCAUCUGCAUCUGCCAUGAUGGCUUUUCUGGAGAUACUUGCAAUGAGACGGAAACAGGAGCAUGCAACCCCAACCCAUGUCAGAAUGAUGGCGUCUGCGAAGCGACGGGGCACUCUCGCCGAGGUGAUGUCUUCAACGAGUAUGUCUGCAAAUGCCAGCCAGGCUAUGAGGGGGUUCACUGUCAGACCAGUAUCCAGGGGGCAAAUUUAAAUGCCAAAAAAGAUGUAAAUGACUGUGCUGGCCAGCCGUGUGAGAAUGGAGGCGUCUGCAGAGACCUGGAUGGAGAUUUCAAAUGCCACUGUCCAUCUCCUUUCGUAGGCAAACACUGCCAAUUACGCUGCAUCUCCCUGCUCGGUAUGGAAGGAGGCGGCAUUGCUGAAUCCCAGAUUUCUGCCUCAUCAGUCCGCUACAGCCUGCUGGGCCUGCAGCGCUGGGGCCCUGAGCUGGCACGGCUCCACAAAAAGGGACUGGUCAACGCCUGGAGUGCAGCUGCUCAUGACAAGAACCCAUGGAUCCAGAUCAACAUGCAGAGAAAGAUGCGCCUCACAGGCAUCGUGACGCAGGGAGCCAGUCGCAUGGGCUCUGCAGAGUUCAUUAAAGCCUUCAAAGUGGCCUCCAGCCUGGAUGGCAAAACAUACACCAUGUACAGAACCGAGGGACAGAGGAAGGACCAUGUGUUUGUGGGGAACGUUGACAAUGACAGCACUAAGACCAACCUGUUUGACCCCCCAAUCAUCGCUCAGUACAUCCGUAUUGUCCCUGUUGUGUGCCGUAAGGCAUGCACCCUGCGCAUGGAGCUGGUGGGCUGCGAACUCAACGUGUAUUCAAACACUUCAGGUUGCUCAGAGCCCAUGGGUAUGAAGUCCCGAUUGGUGUUGGACCGGCAGAUCACAGCCUCCAGCUCGUUUCGCACCUGGGGACUUGAGGCUUUCACCUGGCACCCACACUUUGCUCGGCUGGACAAGCAGGGAAAGACCAACGCCUGGACAGCUUCCACCAACAAUCGCUCUGAGUGGCUGCAGGUCGACCUGCUGUCUCCAAAGAAGAUAACAGGAAUCAUCACACAGGGGGCCAAAGACUUUGGCUCUGUCCAGUUUAUCGUUUCUUUCAAAGUGGCUCAUAGUGAUGAUGGGAAGUCCUGGACUGUAGUGAAGGAUGAAACCUCAAAGACAGACAAGAUCUUCCCCGGUAACUCUGACAACAAUGUUCACAAAAAGAACAUUUUUGAGCCGGCGUUCUACAGCAGAUACGUGCGCAUCCUGCCGUGGGAGUGGCACGAGCGCAUCACUCUGCGCAUGGAGCUUCUGGGUUGUGAUGAGUAGCGCCACAUCCAACCCAUGUCCUCCUUUUUCUACCUCCUACCCCACCUUGCCCUGGUCCCUCACCCUUUCCCUAUUCCUGAGUCACACCUGCACUGCCUUGCUCUCAGCCCUAGGUGGCAGCAAAGAUCAGGGUGCUCAUGAGCUGCGCUGAGACCCCUGACAUCUGUACACAGGAAUUUAUUCAAGAAAACUUCUGCUUCAUCUCUUUCCUUUUUUUUAAUGUUAUUUUCAGGUAAAAUUUAAAUUCUGCCUCCUCUGAAGAAAGUCUUUUUCCCCCCCGAUCUGUUUGGUUAAUAAAACCCGGUAAUCCUCUGGUUCCUGUCAGACGUCAAGGGUAACAGGACUACUCUGCUGGUUGGUGUGUUACUUCUGAUUCCAGAUCAACUCUGACUUGGAGCACUGAACCUCUAAGACCCACAGCUUGUGAUGUAAAGAAGCUGCAUGAACCACCUCCUACGUGACCUUUUAUAUAAACACCGUCAUCUUCACAGGACAUGAUCAAUUCUGAUUUAGAAUUGUUUUCUAAAACAAAUAAAUCCUGAUUGGUGCAUUUGUAAGUUUCUUCAAAUUUGCUUUUUCCCAUCAAAGGAUAAAAAAAAACUUUAAAUGUAUAGAUGUAGACGUUAACAAUCUCAGAGUUUUUUGAUAUAUAGUUUGUUCCUUUUUUUUUGGGAUUGCUUUAAAAUGUUUAGAUCGUAGAGCUGAAUUGUGUAUUUAUAAAAAAAAAACAAAAACAAAGGAUUGUUCUAAAACCAAAACAGUAUAAAUCCUAAAGCUUUGUGUUUUCUUGUGCACCUGACAUUUGGCUGCUUCACAUCAAAGUGGCCUCUUGCCAACAUCUCUGCAGGUUUAUGUGCUUUUGGAUUCAUUUGUAGAAAUCUGCUAAAUCCAGCAUGGAUGCAGAAGGAAGUGAUUGUUGUUGGAGAGAAUCCUCACAUUCUGUCAGUAUUGCAGAUGUGAACUCUGGUCCAGGAAAGAUAGACCGGAUGUCAUAAACAGAUACUGAAGGAGUCUAUGGCCAUCGCUGCUUGAUAAAUAAAGAAAGCACUUUAUUUCUUUGGAAACACAGCGAAUGAGAUUAACACACACUGCUGUAAGUGCAGAUGCAGUGGGUUCAGACAGUUCAUGCGUUAGUCCAGUAUUAUUUUCUGUAUUAUUUUCUACCAGCUUUUUUUAGUAUUGUUUUAUUAGCUGCUGUAGCAGAUGUGAACCACACAGCGCUCUAGAGUUGGUGAUCUGUUAGAUUUAUGGUAUAUUAGUUCUUAAAAAGUCACUUUUAAUUGGAAAAAUUAGAGGAUAAAGCUAUUUCCCCCUAGUUUACUUUGGUUAAAACCACUUCAGAUUUAAAAGUAACUUUUUGGACUUGGACAGCUGUAGAUCUACAACCUGAUUUUACCUUAGAGUUUUAAUACAGUAUAAUCCAGAACAGUGUUGGUAUUAUUUGGUAGGUAUAGAAUAUUGGUUUACACAUCCUCCAUGUACAGUCAAAGCACUCUUUCAUUCUCUCAAGUGGCUGUGAUAUUAUCAGUGUUCACCCUAUUUUAAGGCACUUUGAUAGUCGUGUUUUGAUAUUGGUAAUACUUAAAAAACAAAAAGAAACGAAUUGCAUUUUGGGUAAACAUGUUUAUCAUCACAUGUGCAGUUAAAUUAAAAUGGAAAGUGUCUCAGUUCAGUGUCUUUGUUAUGUUGGUUGUUAAUAUUUGACAUGUAGAAGUGGUGUAGCCGUACUGAGAUCUGUCAGCAUCAGUGGAUGCUAAUGUUUGCUGCAGAUCAUUUAUUUUUAAUUUUGGGUCCACUGUUGUUGCUCCAGUUCAAAGCUGCAGCCCCCGACACUGCUCUCAAAGCAAAUCCAAUUAAAUCCCAAAGCUGCACUUUUAUUGGACCUUCGCCCUGCAACUAUAUUCCAGACCUUACCCCCUAUGAAUUAUGAAGUAUGGGCUUGUGCAAUAUUAUACAGUGCUAGUUUUGUUAACAAUGAAUAAUAAUCGGAGAUCUUUAAAAAUGCAUGAGGGGAUGGCAGCACCACAUAGAGGUUGCACAUAAUUGUUAGAGUCGAGCGCUGUACAAUGUUGUCAUCGCUGCAGAUGGUUCCAGUCUGCACUGGUUUUAACGGCUGCACGCAUUUAUGCUUUGAGUCAGUUCGAGUUGAACCCAUUUGAGUCUCUUUUGUGACAUUUCUCUUCCUUAGUGUUGAAUCUGCAGUUAAGAUUUAGUUUCUCUGUUUUCUACUAUUGAAACAUUGCUGUGUUUUAUGGUAUUUUUUGAAUUUAUUUGUUGUAAUUGAAACUUAGAGUUGUUUUUUUUUUUAUUCCAGUAUUGUGUUUCUAACUGGAGCUAAAGUUUGGCCUUUGUAUCCUAAUGAAGAAUAAAGAUAUUAGUUAAAAAAA